UCAUUCCCAAUUCAUAUAGGUUAGCGUUGUUCUUCCGGUGUUUUUGAAGCUCUGUGUGUGCUGAUACUCUGUUUAUCGUUUUGGAUCUGUGUAUUCAAGCUAGCAAUCAUGGUUAAAGGUCCAGGACUCUACUCCGAUAUCGGCAAAAAAGCCAGAGAUCUUCUAUACAAGGAUUACCAGGGGGACCAUAAGUUCACCAUCACCACCUAUUCACCUACUGGAGUUGCAAUCACAUCAUCUGGAACGAAGAAAGGUGAAGUGUUUCUUGCUGAUGUCAAUACACAAUUGAAGAGAAACAACAUUACUACUGAUAUCAAAGUGGACACCAACUCCAAUCUCUCCACAACUAUUACAGUUGAUCAACCUGUACCUGGGCUAAAGGCAAUACUUAGCUUCAAAGUUCCCGAUCAAAGGUCUGGCAAGGUUGAACUUCAGUACUUGCAUGACUAUGCUGGAGUCUGUGCUAGCGUUGGAGUGGAUGCGAAUCCCAUCGUUAACUUUUCCGGUGUGUUGGGAACCAACAUUCACUCAAUUGGAGCUGAUGUUUCUUUCGACACCAAAACCGGAAACUUCACCAAAUAUAAUGCUGGCCUAAGCUUCUCCAAUGCUGAUCUUAUCGCUGCUUUGACUUUGAACAACAAGGGUGACACACUGAAUGCUUCCUACUACCAUAUUGUUAAGCCUCUGACCAACACGUUGGUAGGUGCAGAGGUGAACCACAGCUUUUCAAGCAAUGAAAACACAAUCAUGGUUGGCACCCAGCAUUCGUUGGACCCGUUGACCACGGUCAAGGCUCGGGUCAACAACCUUGGAAAGGCAAGUGCACUGAUCCAGCAUGAGUGGCGCCCAAAGUCCCUUUUCACCAUUUCAGGAGAAGUUGACACUAAAGCUAUUGACAAGAGUGCCAAGUUCGGUCUUGCGUUGGCUCUUAAGCCCUGAAAUGUGGUAAUGGUUGUGUGAAUUUGAUGGUUUUGGUAGUAAUAAUUUCCGAAUGUUGUUUUGAGGAGCGAUGCUCAUCCUUAGUUACCAAAAUACUUUCUGCGUAAUCCAUUGUGAAGACAUGGAUGAUAUUUGGUUCAUCUGUAUUUUCUUCCAGUUAACUGAUUUUUGAGUUUUCAUUUUCAUUUUGAAACGAAGGAAGUGUUCUCUUCUUAUAUUCAUUUAAUCAGCUUAUUGUUGGUUCCA